AAUAAUCUGGACGAAAACAACCUGUAUGUCAAACAAGGUCUCGAUCAUUUCAUAUAACUGCCAGUGUGCCAAUGACUCUAAACUGCCCUUUUUAAGAGAACUCUUUGAUGAGUGUGACUUUAUGCUAAUUCAGGAGCAUGGUCUCUAUAAGUCUCAAUUUGGGUGGUUUGAUAACAUAAAUGAAGUAAAUGGAGUAGGGAAGCAUGGUAUGAGUGCUAUGAAUGAAGAAAAGCAGUCAGCUGGAAGACCUUAUGGCGGAACAGCUAUAAUUUGGAAGCAUGGUCUAAAUGUAAAAGUUGAGCCAAAAAUAACUGAAUCAGAUUCAAAGAGACUUAGUGCAGUUAUUGUUACGUUGGAAAAUCAGAAACGUUUGUUGUUGGGUAGUAUUUAUAUGCCAUGUGAUGACAGGUGCCAAAAUGCCAAUUUAGUAGAGUUCCAACAAGUACUGAAUGAAAUAGAUAUUUUAAUGAAUGAGUUAAAUCCUGAUUUUGCCUGCUUUGGAGGGGAUUUUAAUACGGAUGUCUCUAGAGACACUUUCCAAACAAGGUGUUUUUUAAACUUUUUUGCAGAUUAUCAUAUUUGUACGCAGGAUGAAUUAUGUGAUUUUGAUUUUACUUUCAGUAGCAAAGGUAGUAACCACAAAUCAUUGAUUGAUCAUUUUGUUUUAACAGAUAGUUUAGUUGAGGCUUUGCAGGUGUAUGAAUGCAUUGAUACUGUUAAUAAUUUCUCAGAUCAUGUUGCUGUUAAAUGUCAGUUGGACCUGUACAUGUCAGAAUUCUCAGACAUUAGUGAACACGAAGAACAAACAAAAAAGUGCUAUAAUUGGAGUAUAGCAAAUCAGGAGGAGCUGGAUAGAUAUGUGGAUAUGUUGUCCGAAAUUCUACAUUUAUUAGUUAUUCCAUAUUGUGCAUUAAAUUGCAGAGAAAAACACUGCCAAAGACAUAGUCGAGAAUUGAAUGAGUUUCAUGAUAAAAUUGUUGAUGCAUGUCUGAAUGCUGCCUUCCAUGUAAUGUGUAAAAGUUCUCAGAAACCAAAAUGUAAGGUAAUACCUGGAUGGAAUGAGCAUGUAGAGGUAUAUUUCAAAAAUGCACUGUUGGCAACUGCAAUUGCAUCAGGUAGUACCAGAUCAUUUUGGUCUGAGGUUAAGAAAUAUAAUCGAUCCAAGAAUGUCAGUAGAUAUCCUAAUGUUGAUGGUGUUCAAGGAAAAGAUAGUAUAGCUGGAAUGUUUGCUGAUAAAUUUGACGGGUUAUAUAACAGUGUAUCUUCAGUGAAUUGGAUAUGGUAGAUCUUAAAAAUGAUAUUGAUAACUCUGUUGAUAAUAAAUGCAGAUGCCACGAGUGUGUACAAGAUGACCAUAUAAUAACAGAAGAAGAGAUAUGUAAUGCAAUAGCUAAGUUGAAUGGGUCGAAAAAAGACGAUAUUAGUGGAUUAAUGUCUGACCAUUUAAUUCAUGGUAAAAAGGUUAUCAGUAAAUAUGUUGCUAUGUUAUUCACAGGGAUGAUCUGGCAUGAAAUGACACCUGAUAAUAUGCUUCGAAGUACAAUGAUUCCAAUUCCUAAAGGACGUUGGGCCAAUCUGGGUGAUUCGUGCAACUUUCGAGCAAUUACGUUAAGUAGUAUAAUCGGAAAAGUGUUGGAGUUGGUGAU